GAAUAUUUUCACGGGUGUUAGACCACGAGAGACGAUUGCGUAAGGGAAGAAUCUGCCGUACCAUCCAAGAGAACAUCCCUCCUACCAACGAACGCUGAGAUCUUCUCUUUCUCCGUUUGUCCGAUGUGGGAGCCCCAAGAAAGAGAGACUCUCAAGACACUCCCCCCUUUUUCUCAAGUUGAUGUCUAAAGCCAUAUAUAUACCACCACCUCGUGGAACAAUCCUUUAAGAAAGAAACUUUAGAGGUAACGUCGUCUGGAGCAGGACCUGCACAUCGAGCAGCAAGUCAUCAUCAAAUCGCAAGUGCUGUGAGCGCGAGAAAUCGAACAGACAGAGAACAUUAGAGGAUAAAUGAUCACCACGCAGCACGACACUGCGGACUAAGGCGACCAGAGACUUUUCAAAAAGAUGAUUUCCAGGUACCAAGUACUCUGCGCUCUCUUGCUUUUUGGCACGUUUUUACUCUAUCGGACAAUGGCGCAAGUGGAUGGGUACACACCUGGCGUGGACUAUCCGAUCUACAACUCGGUGCCGUUCGGACUUGCGUUUACCUGCGGAGGAAAGUUACCUGGUUACUAUGCUGAUCCUGAGGCCAGAUGUCAGGUGUGGCAUUGGUGCUUGCCAAAUGGGCGUCAGUUCAGUUUCCUUUGUCCAAAUGGCACAGUUUUUAGUCAAACAACUCGCGUUUGCGACUGGUGGUUCAAGGUUGAUUGCAACGAUUCACCGAGACUUUACGGCAACAACGAUGAGCUUUAUAGAGACGUGAAUGGAAACAGGAUCUAACAGCUCCUACAUUUUAUUACUAGUUAAAUGUAUAAUAUAAAAUAAUAUAAAUCUCUUUUAUACAUAAUCAUAUUCUUGCAUGCGUGACGUUAUUUGUAGUACUCUUUGCCUAUAAAACAUCUGAAGCAAUUUCUGACGUUCGCGGGUCUCUAGUUUGCCGGCAUACAGGAAAAUAAGAAGGAUGUCUGCUUUAUCGCUAUUAAAUAAAACAGAAGUUACGAGAAGAAUUGGAAAUCCUCCGGCGACUCUAUUAAUUGAAUGCUAACGUAAAAUUUUUCACGAAACAUUGUUACAUUUUCAAGCGCGUAUUUCUCACGAGACUUUUAACGAGAGAUCUGAAAUAUGUAUAACGAAAAGAAUUAAAAAAUUACAAAAUAAAACGUCCCGUUCGA